AUGUACCCGUUUGUUCCUGGUAGCUUGUAUACUGCAUCACUUUAUUUUUUCUGUCAACCGGAUUCCUAUUCUGAUGAUUAUAUGAGAAACACUAUUCAAGAAAACUAUUCUCUCAACAUCACUAAUCAAUCGCGUUUUCUAAUUUUACCAUUCGGAGUCGAUGAGAAUCUCAGAUGGUUGAACUUAUCAUUUAUCAUCUCUGCAACAUUUCUGAUUUUUGUUCACUAUAUCAUUAUCGUCUUCUGUGGUGUCAAAAUUUAUAGAUAUAUCAAGAAGGAGCUCGGAAAGUUUUCUGCAAAGAAUAUGCAGUUGCAGCAACAAUUUUUCUGUGCAUUGGUUAUACAAAAAAAGUUCUCCAGUGUGUUCGCCACCAAUCAUUCGUCGGUCAGCCACUCUAACGGAGGAGUAGAAAUGGUCGGACAUGUUCCAGUUGUCUUAUAA